AUGGCCCUUACUAACCCCCAUGCUUCCUUCUUGGUCCAAUCCAACUCUUACCUCAAAUCUCCCUUUUGUUGUCCUUACCAUGCAGAUGGAGGAUAUGCUGGAGGAGAUGUGUCAAAGGAGAUGACAUCGCAGCUCAUAUCAUCGCUUUCUGUUCAAUUCCUUUCCCCAGCACAGGUGGAGGAGAUGGCAUCAAAGAGCCAUCGUGGAGGAGAUGGCAUCAAAGAGCCAUCGUCUCAUUUGGCCUCUUGUUUCUUCAUCCCUUCAUUUCCUGUUCUCCCCCUGCUGGUGGAGGAGAUGGCAUCAAAGAGCCAUCGUCUCAUUUGGCCUCUUGUUUCUUCAUCCCUUCAUUUCCUGUUCUCCCCCUGCAGGUGGAGGAGAUGGCAUCAAAGAGCCAUCGUCUCAUUUGGCCUCUUGUUUCUUCAUCCCUUCAUUUCCUGUUCUCCCCCUGCUGGUGGAGGAGAUGGCAUCAAAGAGCCAUCGUCUCAUUUGGCCUCUUGUUUCUUCAUCCCUUCAUUUCCUGUUCUCCCCCUGCAGGUGGAGGAGAUGGCAUCAAAGAGCCAUCCGAACUUGGUGCGGCUGCUGGGGUACUGUGUGGACAUGGAUAUGACAACAGAGCACCACGAGCAGAUCGUUAUCUAUGAGAUCUGCGCCAAUGGGGACCUCGAGAAUCGGGUCCUUAACCUUUCAUCCUUUCUUGCAGGGCCGAAAAAGGGCACGCUGACGCUGCAGCAACGCAUGGAUGUGCUGGUGGGGGUGGCGCGGGGGUUGGAGUACCUCCACCAGUUUGACAUCGUGCAUCAAGACAUCAAGCCCGCCAACGUGCUGCUCGAUGCCCGCAUGCAGGUCGUUGAGCUCGCGCUGCGGUGCACCGGCAUGCCUCCCUCCUCUCGCCCGCACAUGCGAGAAGUCGCCGUGCGAUUGGACGCUCUCUCAAAGGAGUUUCUGCAGAACACGACAUCGAAAGCGGAUUCACGAUUCGAGAGCAUCGACCAGGAGGUCGCAAUGCAGCAGCCCGAGCAGAGCCUGGAUGAUGAGUUUCUGCGCAUUGAUGUGAUCUCCGGCGCAUGUGAUUGA